AUGCUUGUCAGAUAUUCCUGGCUCAAUAACGAAGCAGCACAUAUACUAACCGCAUUCAUCCAAGAGUGUGUGUACAGCGCUUUAAUAGCUGGAACUUUCGGACCAGGAUGUAGAUCGGGCGUUGUCGGUGCCAAAUCGAAGCUCCGUCGGUACUCUAUAACACCGUUCUGCAGAAGAUCAUAUGCAGGCUCAGGCGUCGGCGCCGAGCGUCAUCCAUUGUUGACGAAGUGGAUCCUAACAUCGAAGAAAGUAAUUCCAUGUCAAAUGGAAUCCUGUCAAGUAUAUGCCUUCCGCUUUGCGUCGGCACAAAACUAGGGUCCUUUUCGAGCGUCGAAUUGAGUAUAAAAUGUUGGAGACUGAAGCAAGGUCUGUGUGCUUGUCCUCGUCUUUUCUACUGAAUCCACUUCUGUCAAAUCAUCCUACACAAUGACGUCCACCUACAAAGACAUUGAUGUCUUCAUUGCGGGCAGCGGUCCUAUUGGCGCAACAUUCGCGAAGAAGUGCGUCGACGCUGGCCUCCGUGUUCUCAUGACCGAAAUUGGUGCCGCCGAUUCUUUUACGUCCAAGAAAGAGAAGGGCGCUACGGCGCACUCUGGUCACGAUGAGACGUUCUCCGCCAACUUCGAACCCGGCUUCGUCAAAGUUCCAGGUUACCAUAAGAAGAACGAGAUCGAAUACCAAAAGGAUAUCGAUCGUUUCGUAAAUGUCAUCAAGGGUGCUCUUAGCACCGUAUCAAUCCCAACUUCGAACAAUGCCGUCCCGACUCUCGAUCCGGCUAGUUUCCAAAACUCGAAGGAGCGACCGUUCAUUUCUCUAGGGAAGAACCCUUCCCAGAAUCCGUUCAAUAACCUCGGUGCGGAAGCUGUCACUCGCGGUGUUGGAGGAAUGACCACUCACUGGACCUGUGCCACUCCUCGAUUCAACCCCGACAUCGAACGGCCUAAAUUGGACAACAACACCGCAACCAAUGAUGAGCUCUGGAAGAAGCUCUAUGCUGAGGCCGAACAAUUGAUCGGGACAUCUGAGAAAGAAUUUGACGAGUCCAUCAGGCACAACCUGGUUCUCAGGACGCUGCAGAACAAGUUCAAUCCCUCAGUCAGGAAGUUCAAGCCGCUUCCACUCGCCUGCCACCGCCUUUCUGAUCCCGAAUACGUCGAAUGGCAUGCCACUGAUCGUAUCCUGGAGGAACUCUUCACGGAUCCCAAGAAACGCCACAACUUCAUCUUGUUGACCAACCACCGUUGCUCGAGGGUCAUUAUCAAGGAGUCUGCACCAGGUCAAGGCGAACACACCAUCGAAGGAGCCGAAUUAACGAACUUGUUGCCUCAUACUCACGUAAACAGCUUCCAGGGUGGAGAAUCGAGUUUUGUUGUUCGUGCUAAGGUCUACAUUAUCGCUGCAGGUUCGGUGGCCACGGCUCAGAUCCUGGCCAAUUCUCAGAAGAAGAAAGUGACACCUCCUCCCAACACUCCGGAGGAUGAUAACAAGAAGAUUGAUACUCCUCUCAUCCCUAACCUUGGCAAAUACAUCACAGAGCAACCUAUGACAUUCUGCCAGAUUGUGCUGGAUGCGAAGUUGAUCAACUCUGUGGACAACAACCCGUUCAAUCUUCCCUGGUGGAUGGCCAAAGUGGAUGAACACCGAAGGCGCAACCCUCGGGACCCAAUCCACAUUCCAUUCCGCGAUCCCGAACCUCAGGUCACAACGCCCUUCACUAAGGAGCACCCCUGGCACACUCAGAUUCAUCGUGAUGCCUUCUCUUACGGUGCGGUUGCCGAGACCAUCGAUACGCGUUUAAUCGUCGACUUCCGUUUCUUCGGCUAUGUCGAGCCUCGUGAGACCAACCAGCUUCGUUUCCAGCAGUACUACGACGAUGCCUACGGCAUGCCUCAGCCGACUUUCGAGUUCCAGAUGAGUGAGGACGAUAGUGCUCGUUCUCGUCGUAUGAUGGAUGAUAUGUGCAGCAUCGCUUUGAAGCUCGGUGGAUAUUUGCCCGGCUCUGAGCCGCAGUUCAUGACUCCGGGAUUAGCGCUUCAUCUUGCUGGAACAGUUCGUGCGGGACUGGACAAGAAAACUCACGUCGCAGAUACAUACAGCAAGGUCUAUGACUUCAGGAAUCUCUACGUGGGAGGAAACGGCGUCAUCCCGACGGGCUUCGGUGCCAACCCUACGCUUACGUCUAUUUGCUACGCAAUUCGGGCUUCAGAGCACAUCAUCAACGAGAUCAAGCAGUACAAGUAGUGUGGUCCAGGAUGCGUGGCGUUCAGGUUGAGUCGGUGUUUUCUGUGAUCAAGCCAGUCGACAGCCGUGUACAAUACUAGGUGUUAUCUUUCUCUGUCUGUACAAUACUGUGUUUCCAUACGUGUCUGCAUUGAUAGUCUCGUGACAACGUUGCAAUGAUUGUAUGU